AUGUUUUGUUUACAGAUUUAUUGGUUUGAUGGCAUUGAUCCACGUGCCAAUGAUGCUGCUACAGUACGCCUACUUGUAUCAAUGAUCGAUAGUGUGAUUCAGCAUUUCAAAGGUCGACUUCCGCCGUAUGACAUCAGCGGAAGAUCAAGGGCUAUGCUUGCAAUUUAUCCUGGAAACGGAACGAGAUAUGUGAAACAUGUCGAUAACCCAGUGAAAGACGGCCGAUGUAUUACCACAAUUUACUACUGUAAUGAGAACUGGGAUAUCAAUAAGCACGGAGGAACACUACGUCUCUAUCCCGAAACCUCAAUGAUACCAAUGGAUAUUGAUCCAAAAGCAGAUCGUCUCGUGUUUUUCUGGUCGGAUAGGCGAAAUCCGCAUGAAGUGAUGCCGGUUUUCAGACCGCGGUUCGCGGUCACAAUUUGGUAUAUGGACCGUGAAGAGCGGCGAAAAGCGAUUGAGAAACAAGCUCAAGAGGCCGGAGAAUCGGACACAGCGCAGCCAAAGAACGAACGUUCGACAGCUACGCCGCCUCCGAUUCAACGUCUCGGAAAAGAUCAUAUGCAAAUUUUCCCAAGCACUUCAUCGGAACCGUCACUUGCUCACAUGGAACAAUCAGAACGGGAUGGCAGCGGUAAGGUGUCGGCAAGUCAAGGGCAGAGUGCUGCAAGUCAAGGAGUUACUGUUUCUGCUCCUCAUGCCAUACGGAACCCGAACGCUCUAAGAGCUGCCAGCCUCAACUCGAUCAGUGACGAAGACGAGGAAGCGCCAAAAGCUGCAGCUUCUCCAACCGAUUACGAGAUUUAA